UGAUCUCUCCUUCCUUCUAUUAUAUAAAACAACACACACAAUACUUCUCCAAGUUUCUCCCACUAAUCCGUCGGAAAAAGAUGGACGAGUCCUGGCGCAUGCGAAUGGGAUUAAUGCCGGGACUCCCGCGGCGGCGCUCCGCGGAGCACGUCUCCACUCGAUCUGUAUUCGCGGCCGCAGCCGCCAAAGACUCCCAUAUAACGCUUGAACCCGAUGACUUCGCGGAUGUAUUCGGCGGGCCGCCGCGGAGCGUCCUCCCGCGCCAAUUCCCCGGGGGCUCGACUUCCUUCUACGAGGAGAUCUUCCGGCCGCCGGAGUUCUGCUUUACGGCGGAGAACAGAGACCGAAGCUUGCCUGCGUUUAGGAUUCCGUCGAGGAGCGAGCGGUUUUAUAGUGAUAUUUUUGGAUCGGACGACGACGGACGCCAGCGGAUGUCGAGAGAGCGGUCGAGGCCGAACUCGAAAACGAAGUCAAAGUCAAACUCUUCGUCGGUGCUGAGCUCGGAGGAGCUGAGUCCUCUCCGGCCGGUCAUCGGCGAUGACGUGGCAUUCUCCUCCUUCGCUUCAAAGCUCAGAUGGAACUCAUCAACCAUGAAGCCAACCAAGGAACAUCCAAAGAAACAAGGCACGUCAGCUCUGCGUUGCAAUCCUCUUUCCUUCACUGAAAACCAAGUUCUGGAGAAAUUAUAUGAUGAAAAGUUCAGAAGCUCCAGUAAUUUCGGAUUCACAAGGAAGGUCUCGUCCCCAGAAACCAUGAGUCCUGGACCCAGUUCGUGUCGAAGCGUCAAGCAAUUUGUGGAUGAUCUGGAGCUUCUCUCACCAUCUUCAGCAGUCUCUUCGCUCUGCCAAGAACAUGAGAUUAAAUCCGGGAUUUGGGAUCGGGUUUUGCGAGAGAAAGAAGUGGGAGUAUUGGAACAAGAAGAAAAAGAAGAAGAUAAUAAUGACGAUGAAGUGAUGAGCUCUUAUGUGAUUGAGAUCAAUUCUGAUCAGCAAAGAGAAGAAGCAGUUGGUAUUGAAGAAGCGAUUGCAUGGGCUAAAGAGAAGUUCCAAACACACAGUAAUUCCGAGAAAGAAGGGAGCUUGACGCAACAAGACAAUCAGCAGUCUGUUGAAAUGGAUGAAGGUAGGCCUAAUGUGGAUUACUCAUAUCACCAGCAAAGAGAUGAACUACUACUUGAAACGACUCCAUCUCCAGAGGAAGAAGAGGAAAUGACAGGGAUAGCUGAAGAGGAAAAGAAGCCUUCAGAAAAAGAUAUGGAAUUGGAGCUCUUGGAUGAAGACAUAAGGUUAUGGUCGGCUGGCAAGGAAUCCAACAUUCGUAUGCUGCUUUCGACACUACACCAUGUUGUAUGGCCCAAGAGUGGAUGGUAUGCAGUUCCCUUGACAAGCCUAAUAGAAGGUUCACAGGUGAAGAAAGCGUAUCAGAAAGCAAGGCUGUGCCUCCACCCAGACAAACUGCAACAAAGAGGAGCAACACCUGCUCAAAAAUAUAUUGCUGAAACGGCCUUCGCCAUCCUCCAGGAUGCAUGGGCCGUGUUUAUCUCCCAAGAUGUAUUCAUUACUUAGUGGAUGUGUGAAUUAUUCUUGCCUUUUGAACUCAUUUUUUUGACUCCAAGGUUGCAAGUGAAGAAUAAGCAUAUGAACAACUUUGUAAGAUAGCUCGGCUAGUAUUCUUGUGGAAAUAUGUACAUUAGUUUGUUUGAUAAACUACGCUUGGUUUUUUUUAUCUGUAUAUUUAUUUUUGAGUGUUGAAACAAAAAUUUUGGAAUAUAAUUUUGAAUCCUGAACA